AUGGCGCUCGGGCUGGGCGCGGCGCUCGGGACGCGACGGGCGGGACGGGCGGACGCGGCGAGCGCGGCGCACGAGCGAAAGGUGAGAACGCUGGGGGACAUGGGGACGAGUUGUCUGUAUGGUUUUGUGAUCUUUUACGCGAUCAAACUCGCGCUGAAGCGAUUGUUCGCGCCCGUGGCGUUGUUCGCGUUUACGACGCAGCUCUUGUGGAAAAUGCGCGCGCUGAGCGCGUCGCCGUGGAUGAUGUAUAACGCCUGGGUGCGACCGCGGCUGCCGAUCGAGUAUCAGAAGAAUGUAGAGGAGUUUAGCUCAAAGGCGCUGCGCACGCGCGCGGCGGAGAACGCACUUCACGACGGGUGGUGGGAUAAGCAAGAGCGUAGAUUCUGGGCGUGCGCGCAUCGACUGUUGCCGGCGUGCAACUCUCCGAUGGGCGAACGCGCGCUCGUGUUCGGGAUCAUUCUCGCCGGUUUAGCGUGA